AUGGCAGGGGCCAUGCCUUCAGUUCCUGUGCCAUUGCCAGAUGCCCUGAAGAAGGAGGCGGAUGAUGGGCAGAGUGAUGGCAGCGAGUCCUUCCGCAGCUGUGCCAGCAACGGGAGUCGCGCGAGCAGUGUGGUGGAAGGCACCUCAUCAGAGCCAGAUUCAACGCAGGCUUUGCGAGCACAGUCGCCAGUAAUUGCAGAGGGUGAGUUGCAGGAGGUCCUUUCCGAGCUGCAGGAGAAGUGGGGCGAAUGUUGCGGGCUGUAUGUGCAUGGCUCGACCAUCUUUGCCAAUCAGCCUCCGCACGACCUGGACUUGAUUGCAGUCAUUGAUCAUGCGAAGCGCGAGGUGCCGCAAGACUCGCCAGACUCGCAGUUCACCCUGGGGCGUUGCGAGGUGUCUGUGUACGAGCGCAGCUGCUUCUUUGAGAAGCUGCUAGCCAUGGACCUCACCAUGCUGACUUGCCUCUCAACCCCAAAGCGCUUUGUGCUGAAAGAACUCCAGGACGAACGCCUGCAGAGCUUCAAAGUGGACCUGCGGCUGUUGGAGGAAUCCGUCACCUCCUACGCAGAGUUCACCUGGCUGAAGGCUCAGAGGGUCUUGAACGACUGGAAAGAUCCGUACAAGGCGAGCAAAAACGCCUACUUUGUCUUUCGGGUGCUGGAGUUCGGCUGCCAGCUGGCAGAUCAUGGACGCAUCGUCGAUCUCAAGGCUGCCAAUCAUAAGUGGGAUGUCAUCAAGGACUUGUUCCAGACCCUCAAUAUCCAGCCGCAGGACGAGGACGUGAUCGAAUCCGUCCUGGGCCGCCACUUCAAAGCCUCCCUUGCGCGGUUUGAGGCCAAGGUGACGGCCGCACAAACUGCGCGCUCCGGACAGGUUUCGGAAAACUCUCAAAUCCUGGAGCCCUCCGCCCCUCCCUCCUGGGACACCUGCGUCGUUUGCCUGGAGCCGACGAAUGGGUGUGGAAAGAAGGAGCUUGAUCAGCUGCUGGCGGCCCCAUGUGAGCGCUCAUGUGGUGCUGAGGUUGUCGACACAUGGGUCCAGCUCGUGAACUGCCGACACUGCUUCCAUACCAGCUGCAUUGCUGAUGCCGUCCGGGCCAGUCUCCAAGCCGACCGCGCCCUGCGGCAUGCAGCCUGCCCAGUCUGCAGGGCAUCAGUGGUUUUCGACUUUGAGGUUCCAGGGCGUCCACAUCAAUUUGUGCAUAUGAAGCGCCGCAUGUCCUUUGCGGGAUACCCGGCCACCAUCCGAAAUCCAGCUGCGAACCGAAACGAGGACCGGCACAAUGAGGAUCAAAGCCACAACGCAGCCCUGCUGCCAUGGAAAGCGAAGUGCUGUUUUCAGGCCACGACGACCCCGGCCGCCGAAGCCAAGCAACGGGCGGAGGCAAUAGCUGAGGCAAGGGAGCUUCGGGUCGGCUGUGAAACCAUUCUCCCAGCACGUGGAGCAGGCUCUCCGCCCGACCCCAUCCACCAACUCAGGCGCAGGUGCUGCACGCAGAUCUGUCACGCCAAGAGGCUCAUGGGUGGACCAAAGCCUGAUCUGAAACUUCACAAAGAUACGAUUGGCCUUGGCUUAAGUCAAUCUGCACAGGUGAUGGUGGGGCAUCACCAGUUCGCAGCCACUGGCCUCUCAGAGCCGAGUCAGAUCUUUUACGAUGCUGCCGACGGCGGCCUGUUGCUUUGCGAAUCACCUCGCCGCUUCCGGGCGCUGCAGACAAGGUCCGCGGGAAAAGGAGGGGGACCCCUGGUGGAAGGUCGAGGAGGGCGUAGAGGCCUGGCGUGGCCACUGCCCCUGCUGCAAGCGACCGCUGGCGCUUUCGCGUUCAUCCCCCAGAGGCCAUCUUUGCCAGCUGCGCGCGGCCGAUUUGCCUACGUGAUUAACCUGUGGGGCCGGUCCAGCGAGUAUGUGCUGGGUGCACUCGUCCUCGGGCAUUCCAUCAGGAGAAGUGGCUCAAAGCAUGCACGGGUCUGUCUCUACGCCGACGACGUGCCCCCAUCCUGCAUAGCCCUGCUGUCGAGAAUUUGGGACUGUCGGCCCGUGCAGCACAUCGCGGUGGCUGCUGACAAGCUGGGGAACUUCAUCCCAGGGCAUCGCUUCGCAAAGGUCUUCACGAAGCUACGUGCCCUUGAGCUGGUGGAGUUCGAAAAGAUCCUCGUGCUUGACAUCGACAUCUUCGUGCGAGGCAAUGUCGACGAGCUGUUCCAGCACCAAGCGCCGGCUGCAAUGCGACGGGGGAUACACGAAUGGAAAGCCCUCAAGACAGGAGAUGUCUUGGAUGGCAGGGACUUCUUCAUGGGCAGAGAUUUCAGUGGUUGGUCCUGGGGUCAGGGCACAGGCAUCAACGCCGGAGUCAUGCUUCUGCAGCCUGACCUGGACGUGUUUCAUGAGAUGCUCAGCGAACUCGCUGACCCAAAUCAUCCGGAGCACUGCGUGGGCAACGGCCCCGAGCAGGACUACUUGAGCAGAUUCUGGGCGGAUGCACCGUGGCGACACAUCGGCGUGGAAUAUAACUUUCAAAUCCACCAGAUGUUCCUCGCCCUCCAUCCGGACAGGGUGUCUGGCGCACAUCGGAUCCGGCUCCUGCAGGAUCAGGACCAGAUAAAGAUCGUGCACUUCUCGGGCGAUGACAAGGCAAAGCCUUGGCGACGCAUUCUCGACGAAGGCUUGCCCGGCUUCUGGCCCGACAGGGCCAAGGAUGGUGCGUUUCUGGACAUGUUCUUCCAGGAGUUCCAGGGCUACUGGCUGUGGGUGAAGAGAGACCUCGAAUGGCUGGAGUCUUCCAAGCACGACCCGAAUCGUGGAUGGGAGUACGCGGAGUUGCACAUCACAGACGACAAACAACUGUACAGGAAGCCUGCCAGUGGUGAUGCUCCUCCUGUGUGUGUUACUCUGCCGCCAGAGGUGGAGAAGUCAGUGGAGGUCUUCGUUCGCACCGUGCUUGACGAGUGGUUCCAAGCCCUCCAGGAGUUGGAGGCCGACCUAAACUUGGACCUCCAGAAAGAGCUGCCAAGGUGCGUGCAAGCCGCAGAGUUGCCAGCCGAAGUUGCUGGAGGUCCAUCUGCUGCUGAGCCGCCGAUCACCUUCGCGCACGACUGCCUUUUCACCUGGAAGAGAGAUGCCGGGUGGUGGAUGGAGGACGGCCGAUCCUAG